CCUAGGGCGGCGGCGGUGCUCGGGAGCAGCAGCGGCAGCAGCAGCAGCAGCGGGUUCCCUUCGGGCAACUGUGCGGGUGAGGGAUGGCGGCAGCUGCAGCAGGACCUGCAACAGCCCCGAGGCUCUUCCCGAGCUUCUCAGAUGCUCUGAUCGACGAGGACCCCCGGGCGGCGUUAGAGGAGCUGACUAAGGCUUUGGAACAGAAAUCAGAUGAUGCCCAAUAUUACUGUCAAAGAGCUUAUUGUCACAUUCUUCUUGGGAAUUACUGUGAUGCUAUUGUUGAUGCAAAGAAAUCUCUUGAACUUAAUCCAAAUAAUGCCUCUGCUAUGCUGAGAAAAGGGAUUUGUGAAUACCAUGAAAAAAACUAUGCUGCUGCUCUAGAAAGUUUCACAGAAGGACAGAAAUUAGAUAGUGCAGAUGCUGAUUUUAUUGUCUGGAUUAAAAGGUGUCAGGAAGCUCAGAAUGGAUCACAAUCUGAGGUGUCUGCAUCCCAGCAGACUCACCAGUCAAAAAUCAAGUAUGAUUGGUAUCAAACAGAUUCUCAAGUAAUCAUUACACUUAUGAUCAAGAAUGUUCAGAAGAAUGAUGUAAAUGUGGAAUUUUCAGAAAAAGAGUUGUCUGCCUUGGUGAAACUUCCUUCUGGAGAGGAUUACAAUUUGAAACUCAUGUUGCUUCAUUCUAUAGUUCCAGAACACAGCACAUUUAGAGUACUUUCAACAAAGAUUGAAAUUAAAAUGAAAAAGCCAGAGGCUGUGAGAUGGGAAAAGCUAGAGGGGCAAGGAGAUGAUGUGCCUAAGCCAAAACAGUUCACAGCAGAUGUAAAGAACCAGUAUCCAUCAUCAUCUCAUUAUACAAGAAAUUGGGAUAAAUUGGUUGGUGAGAUUAAAGAAGAAGAAAAAAAUGAGAAAUUGGAGGGGGACGCCGCUCUAAACAAAUUAUUUCAGCAAAUCUAUUCAGAUGGUUCUGAUGAAGUGAAACGUGCCAUGAACAAAUCAUUUAUGGAGUCUGGUGGUACAGUUUUGAGUACCAACUGGUCUGAUGUAGGUAAAAGGAAAGUUGAAAUUAAUCCUCCUGAUGAUAUGGAAUGGAAAAAGUACUAAAUAAAUUAAUUUGAUAUCACUGUAUUGCAUACAUUCACCUAAUGCCCAUUGUGUAUUAAUAUCGCAUUCUUGGAUUUUGAACACUGAGUAUCUUUUUGAAAGAUUAUAUUUCUCUUUACCUCUUUGUGCUUUAGAAAUUAUUUUCCUUCAAGUGUUUUAAUUAAGAGCCUAAAUGAAGAAAGAAGAUCUUAUUUUAUCACUUUGUCCAUAAGGGUUACAGACAUGCUGAAAUGUUAUGAAGAAAUAUUAGCUACUAGAUAGAUUAGUUCUACCUAGUUGUGGGAGAAGAGGUAUCAUUAAAUCAGAAUCUCGGGGUUAUUGCCUUA